ACAUGAUUUUCCGGAAAAAAAUGAUUACUCAAUUGUGUCCUAUUACUCCUACAACUAAUUCACUUUAUUUUUAAUUGGUAGUCGUCACAUCAAAGACGAUUUUUGCGUCUAAUGUAUUUGCUACAUAGAUCGGCGAACCGUGGAAGAUUUCAUGGCGUCUAUCGUAUGAACAACAGACCAUGUCUUACCAUAGGAGUAGRACGAGCAUUUUGAGCUCAAUUGAUAAAGAUUACAUUGAAGAAGGAAGAGGAGACAUUUACAAAUGGGGUGAAACAAGAUCUACAAAGCGUAGAGGCGUCAGUGGUUGGGCAUACGCUUUUAAGAAACGAUUCAUUGAUACAAGUAUUUUAAGAAGUUUUUUGAACAAUUUGACAGUCUCGCUGCUGAUCCAGCUUAUUUUAUCAGGGCUUUUUACCUAUACCUGCCAAACGUUAGAUCUCUAUAUUGAUGUCCAUAUUGCGUUAUUUGUAUCACCAAUUAUUUUCCCUUUAGCAUUUUCAAUCAAUGCUGAUUUUCAAAGAAGAGAACARGUAUUGGAGGAUUUAGCAUUGUUCAAGGGAGGCCUUAUUGUCUUGUUCUUCUGUCAUAGAGAUUGGCAUGUCCCUUCAGGUUUGUCUCAGGAAUUUCUCAAAGCAGUCACAAAUAAGCUCAAAGGUUUGAUACUCAAUGUCAAGGAGUAUUUGCUAACAGAAAAGGAAGAAAGAAGAAGCUUUAUUUUACAAGUAAUAUAUGAAGAUUUUAGUGACAUUAGUCAAAUGAAUGAAAAAAUGCGAGUAGCUUUACCAGAUAGUGCGUCCCUUGUACAAAGAGUUAUUCACUGCCAUAAUUUGAUGUUCUGGGCCUUUGAAAGGCUUCGUGUAAUCCGCGAAUACCGUUCGCCGCGUGGAAUUCGUUCUUUCACCAAAGUAUUUAUCUUCGUGAUGCCGCUACUGUUAUCGCCGUAUUAUGUGUUUGUUGGUAAAUCUUCAGGGAACAUUUGGGGCCCUUAUUAUAUAUCGUUGAUAUCGACGUUUGUAUUUGGGACGUUACAAGGUGUGCAAGAUGUGCUAGACGACCCCUUUGAUGGGAUCAGUGAAGAUGACAUCAACCUCGGAAGCCUCGAGGACUGGACAGCGCACUCUCUUCUAGUAAACCGAACCUACACCGUCGGCCGUUUCACUGUCACGGCGUCCGUUCCCCAAACCAAAGAAGAACCCAAGAAAGACACGGUAAUAAUCGAGACACGAAAUCCUCCGAGUCGAAGUGUCUCCUUCAAGCAUAGAGUUAACGUACCGAUACGAUCGAUAUUAAGGAGGGCGUCGCACCGUCCCGACAUGCACAUAGAGKGACCUGAUACACUUAGCAAUGUUUCUGAGGAAGAUGUAGGGGCWUUGUUCCCUGAGAUGGCUUUYAGACUAAGUUCKAUGAAYGAGAAAGGAUUGACUGGUAAAACAACUAUUCUGCCUGGUUUUCAUGUCAAGGAAGAGCAGCCAGACGAUGACAGCAAUGAGAAUUCUACUCUAGGCUCCCCUACUGCGAUACAAAGGAGCGUUUCAGACAUGACAGAGUUAGGAUCAAGAAGACUCGCUUAUAGAACUAAAAARGUGUCRUUUUCUCGAGAUUUAGACGACGAUACASGGGACAAUAGUCCUGAAAGGUUGUCGGAAUCAUCAAUGAACGGGACAGACAGCCUUCCUUUGCUUCGUUAUAAAACAGAGAUUAGCCCAGCUAGUGAAUCUCUUGAACCAGACCCRGAUAAAUUCUCUAAAGAGCUAAUACAGUCCAUGAAAAAGCUAGAAAACUCUUCAGGAACAAAGCGCGUCGCACAAUGCGAGACWAAAAACUCUCAAAGUGACAUCCCUGCUUCUUUGGCUUCUAUUUUCCAAAUGCCUCCAGCUUCCAAACAGGAACGAAAAUCACCUGCGUUAAGAAGACCUUUCGAGCUAGAAAAACAAGAUGAACGUAAAACUGAAGAAAAGUCUUCGCGUUUCUCUGUUAGUAAACCAGAAAAUAAUUUAAAAGACUCAACAAAAGAUACUGUUACAAUUUGCACAGAAGAUAGUCGCGCGCCAAAUUCAUCACGAUUUGCGGUUGCUACUCCUCAGUCUCCCAAGUCCGGGAGUCCUUCCCAGUCUACUGCAACAAGUCCAAGGCCUAGUAAAGUAAAAGUUCAACUGCCCGCAAAGAGAUUUCAAGUAAAACCGAUUCCAUCUGGAAUGGCUGAAGACSACAAAGAACGAAUUGGGAAMACCAAUCUCGGGAUGUCUGAGUCGUUAACAUCAUUUAAUGAAGACACAACCCAAACAAAACAUGAAAUGGACCCAAAACAAGGUUCGCGGUUCUCCAUUACCAAGCCUCCCGGUGAUUCAAAACCACAGGAAGACCAUGAGCCAUCUUCACGAUUUCUCGUCACCAAGCCUCCCGGUGAUUCAAAACCACAGGAAGAUCAGAAACAACCGCCUUCUAGAUUCUCAGUUUGUAAUACUAAAGGUGAUAAUGCAGUGCCAGGAGAGAACCAAGAACAUUCUAGAUUUUCAGUCUCAAGGAAACCACAGGAAGACCAAACCUUAAAGAACCGUGCAGAUAGCUUUUGGGAUUUCUCAAGCGACGACGCGGUUGAUGCUAAACCUGAAGACGCGCAGCAAAAAUCUCCCAGCAGAACUCCCAGUGUUGAAGAUGUACUGCGUUUACACGAUCAAAGUAGCGGCGAAGUAUACAUAUGAAUGCACCCUGAAAUCGUUUCAGUGCGUCUUGGUCCCGGGACAUCUCSUUCGUUAGGAGUCGAAAAGGGUCUGGUACCAAUUWGCUCUAGAGUACAMAUGCGAGUUUAAUUAAUGCGAAGAAAUGACGCAACGGUUUUGAGGUCAAUAUUUAUAUUUUUGGAGCAAAAACACACUAUGACAUCGAGACGGAACUAUUACAUACAAACCCGUGAAAAUGUAGACAGAGUUAGGUCGUUGAACCCGUGAAACAAAAUCCAACUGUUGAAUUGUGACAGUCAAAUUGACACAAUAGUAUGUCAGAGGUAUAUUAUUAUCCGUUUCACGGGUUUAGGGCUUCACUAUUGUUAAAAGAAGAAGUGAACUAGUUUGAUUGACGUUGUUCUCUCCUCAAGGAAAAAGCAUCGCGGGUGUGUACGAAAUCCCGAUGACUCUAUUAUCGUUAUAGCUAGUAACAAUUUUGGAGUGAAGCUUUUUAACGAUUUUUGACUAUACUAGACAUCAUUUUAUUUAAUAUUUUAUGGCAAUGUUUUCUAAGGUAUGUUGUGCCCUGAUUGAUAUAAUGUUUUGCAAAAAGGAAAUUCUGAGGGAGGGGUACGUCUAAGAAAGGAGUCGCAAGUUGCCCAUACACUCCUUUCAAAAAAAUACACAUUCGGCUUCAGGAAAGUAGUUUCUUACUUUAGGAAAUUAGUUUUCUCGCCCGUUAAAGAAUCAUAACCACCCGUCGUACCUUGCGCGCUCGCAUUAUUGUUUACAUACGUUUAAUGCGUCAAGCAUACAAUAGAUUAUAGAUUGAUAGUACCUYUGUGGUACUUGGUUAAUGUUAUUUCUGUCCAAACUGUAAGGACGGAAGACGAUUGGCGCUCACUUUAAGAAAUCCUACAAAUCCGCCAUUUUCGUGUCCACCUAAAAUGGCGCUUCGGUUUGCAAGGUACGGCGGGUGCUUAUGAUUCUUUAAUGUUGUGUUUCUCUUCAGCCUGUUAAAUCGAAGGCUUCUUACCUUAAAAAUAUAGAGAUUGACGUCAUAUGACGUCACAGUGGCAAUUUAGUGUACCCCAUCAAUCUUGGAUGCACCCCUAGUUGCUAUGCCAAGUAUAUAGUCCGGCACAGUUGGUUAUGCAAUGUGGUAGAGACACAAAGACGUAUUUUAGACCGUCAGUUUUUUUUUUGUAAUUUUUGAAGAGUUAAUAACAGAGAUAUAUCGUUUGUAUAAAAAUCUAUUUCUUAUUUUAAUUUUGUAUAUAUUUUGGAACUAUGCCGAACUAUGAUUUUGUAUAUAUUUUGGAACUAU